AUGGCAGCGCGCCGGAAAGCACUUUUUAUAAUACAUUGUUCUAAAUGGGAGUCCGCUCACUUGUCGGAAGAGCACCGAUCGGCAGCGCAACGAAGCGACCGGAAUUCUAUGUUGGGUAUAUUUUUCCGCUGCCGUACGCUGCCGAUUGCGGUGCUACGCUGCGCGCUGGCUAAUGUGCGAUACGUAGCGACCCAAAUAGGCAUUUUUUUGCAAGUAAACGUUUCAAGAUUAGUUUAGUAUUGUCUUUUGAAACACGAGCGCAAAAUGUCGGACGAAGAAGAAAAGCUCGUGGGUUUAGUUUCAAAAUAUGAAUUGUUGUUUGAUAUGUCAAACAAAAACUAUUCUAACACUGAAAUAAAAGACAAUAUUUGGAAGCAGAUAGGAGAACAAAUGAAUUGGCCAGCUUCAAAAUGUAAAGAUAAAUGGAAAAAACUAAGAGACAAUUUUCGCAAAGCCAUUAAAGCUCGUAAAACAAAGAGUGGGGAUGCUGCAAAAAAAAUUAGGCCCUGGAAGCUUGAACAACAGAUGGCUUUUCUUCUUCCACACAUCACUGAAAGACCUCAAACCUCAAACAUACAAACAACAGAGGAAGAAACUGGUAAUUCAAGUGAAGAGGAUUCUUACUCCAAUAUUAGUUCACCACCGCCCACUCCAUCGACUACAUCGACCUCAUCAGCCCCUAAGAAAAAAAUACAGAAAUGCCGUCAGAUGCCCCCAAAUAAUGUAGCAGAUGUGCUGCAAAACUACCUAUCAACUAAAGACAUAAGUAAAAAAAAAGUAGAAAAUAAUAACUCAAUAAGAAGUUUUUUCCUUAGUAUGUCGGAGGCAACUGAAAAUUUGCCGGCUCAUCUCCAAAUAGAGGUAAAAUCGAAAGUUUUUAAAGCUGUCAAUGAAGCUGAAUUAGCAGCUUUAUCUGAAAGACAACAUGUACAAUCAAAUAGAGCUGAAUAUCCACCAUAUCAACUCUCAUCUUUAUCAGGAACAUCUCGUCAGCAUUCAAAUAACUUUCAAGAUUCUGUGCUGUUGGCAAUACCUCAAACAUCACCAGACAUAAACCAUCAAUACUAUUCCUACACUCAACCAUCAUCAUCAUCAUGUCAACAGACACAGGCCCCACAAUUUUCCGAGGAUCUUACCAAUUUACAUAAUUUAGAUGAUUCACACUAGUUGCCUGAACACUUAUAAAAAUAAUUAGGAAAACUUUUAAUUUUAUUUUUUUUAUUAUAAUUUAGAAAAUGUUUUUUUUGAGUUUUUUUGCAUAUUAGAGGUGUACUUUUUUUGUAACAUUUUUUGUAUGAGAAUAAACAAGUAAUUUUAGAA